AUGACCCCCGAACGCAGCGCAGCCUCGGGCGGCGCCAAGUCCGCCAUUUCCAGGGUCAACGAUAAAGGUAUAGGGAAAGGCGGCCUCAAGUCCACCCGCGUCACCGCUGCGGAGGGUCAGACAGGCCGCCUCGCCGUCGACCUUCUCGUCAACGACGAAGACUACUCGAGCAAGUACGAGGGACUCACCGCCCUCGAGUACGACACCGUCAAAAACAUCGUCUACGAUCUAAACGACGAGGAGAUGCUCGUGAAGAGCAUGGAGCAUAUCAAUACGUGCCUACUCAUCCUUCCUGCGCGCAAGCUAACAUUCACGCGCACCCUCCUCUCCGCCACGCGGACCGCCAAAACCGUCACCAACCUCGUCCUCCUCUCCUCCGCCGGCGCCGAGCACGCCGAUCCAACCACACAACCGCGCCUGCACGAGUCGAUCGCGCUCGAGGCCCUCGCCCUCCGGCCUAAAGGCGAGACCGCGGCAGGCGACACGGGCCACAGCCUGUGCGUCAUCCGCGCGGGGCUCUACGCGGAGAACCUGCUGCACUACACGCAGGAGGCGCCGGGCGCGGGGACGCCCCAGAUCCCGAUCGGGGAGAGACAUAAGUUCGCGCCGGUCGCGUUCAGGGACGUCGCGCAGCUGUUGGCGUACGUCAUCACGAACGCGGGGCUGCACGGGCUAGGGGACAAUGUGCGGGGUCCGCAGCUUGUGUCCGGGGACGAGCUCGGGGUGGUGGCAUCGCAGGCGCCCGGGACGAAUAUGGAGUUUGAGCUCAUUGACGAGGAGACCGCAAAGAUAAUCCUGAAUACUGAUCAGGGCGCAGAGGUUGAUGAAGCUGAGCGCGAGUACCUGCUCGAAUACUACUCCCUCGCGCGCGAGGGCAAGACGAACAACACGGCGACCACCGCGUUCCUCGCAUACUUUGGCCGCCGCGGCCAGGAGCUGACCGAGUUCUUCCAGACGUAUGCGGGCGCGUGGUGGGAGGAGUUCAGGCCGAAGAGGCGCAAAGUCGCUGGUGGGGGAGUGAAAGUAGAGGCGGCGGAGGAUGGAGAUGAGAAUGACGAUGACGAAGGCAUGACCGACGAGAGUGUCGUGAAGGAGUCGAGGAGACAGACGGUCACGAAGGGUCUGUAG